AUGCCAGUCAAAGCAGUUCCAAGGGGUAAGGGCAAACAGGUCGAUAGCAAAUUUGUGAAUGAGAAGGCUAGGCAGCUUUACGAAGUAGCAAUUCAAAGAAAAGACAAACGUUUUAUUGCUGAGAGAGGAUUGACCACUGUCAAUGCAGACGCGUGGAGCAAAGGGAGAGGUUGGGACAUCUUUCUACUUGAACCGAAGCAUUUAGCCAUAGAGCCAAUUGAGGUUUUUGAACUUGAUGGAGAAGACGGAUUUGAAGUUGCCAUUAGUAAUCAUCUUGAGAAAAAGAAGGCGGAGUUUGCCUUGAGUACUGAUUUGCAGGAAACUAUUGCAGCAUUGAAUGAUUCUUCAAAGUUACAGCAUCAGUCAGAUUUGAAGCCUCUCCCUAGUUACCUCAAGUAUGUGUUCCUUGGAGAUGGAGAAACAUUACCAGUGAUCAUCUCUAGCAAACUUAGUGCAUUGCAGGAAGAGAAACUUGUGCAGGUCCUUAAGGAGCAUAAGACGGCAAUUGGUUGGAAAAUUGCAAAUAUUAAAGGAAUUAGCCUGUCUACAUGCAUGCAUCGUAUCUUGCUUGAAGAAGGAGCAAAACCUUUCUGUCAACCGCAAAGAAGAUUGAACCCACCCAUGAUGGAUGUUGUGAAGAAAGAGAUCCUGAAACUUCUUGAAGUUGGAGUGAUUUAUCCCAUUUCGGAUAGCAAUUGGGUUAGCCCUAUUCAAGUGGUUCCUAAAAAGACCGGAAUAACUGCUGUGAAAAAUCAGAAUGAGGAGUUAGUUCCUACCUGUGUUCAAAAUGGGUGGCAGAUUGCGAUUGCUCCGGAGGAUCAAGAGAGGACGACUUUUACAUGCUCAUUCAGAACUUUUGCAUAUCGUCGCAUGCCCUUUGGUCUUUGCAACGCCCCAGCCAUUUCCAGACAUGUUGUUUCAUCUAAGGGCAUUGAGGUAGAUAAAGCCAAAGUUGACAUUAUUCAAUCUUUACCGUACCCCACUAGUGUGUGGGAAGUUCGUUCUGUUCUUGGACAUGCAGGUUUUUAUCGAAGAUUCAUUAAGGACUUCUUCAAAAUAGCACCCCUAUGUAAGUUGCUACAAAAGGAUGUGGUUUUUGAGCUCGAUGAGGCAUGUAAAGUGGCGUUUGACAAGCUGAAGGAACUGCUGACUUCUACCCCAAUUAUCCAGCCCCCUGACUGGAACAUUCCUUUCGAGAUAAUGUGCGACGCAAGUGAUUAUGCAGUAGGUGCUGUUUUGGGUCAAAGGAUUGGAAAAGCAUCUCAUGCCAUUUAUGAUGCUUCCAGGAUUUUGAAUCAUGCCCAGAGAAAUUAUUCCACCACUAAGAAAGAACUUUUAGCUGUUGUUUUUGCUUUAGAAAAUUUUCGAUCUUAUUAG